CCACUGCACUGCCUCAGAGGAUCACACACAUUUCUACUACUGGGAGAUGGACCCUGAAGCCAGCAGAACGAUGGAGGUGGCGGCGCUCGGCCGGCCUUUCAGCCUCGGGAUGUUGUACGACUGUCGCCGGGAUUCACUGGUCCCUGGCAUGACAUUGUGGGACUGCAAUGACCUGGAGAAGGAUACAAGAGAAAGACCAAAACCUAGCAGUGACUUUGAGAUAGUCGCAUCUGAAUCAAUUAAUGAUAAAUCCUCAGCGCUAAAGGUUGAAGCCUCUCUGAAAGCCAGUUUCUUGGGUGGACUGGUAGAAGUUGAAGGAUCAGCCAAAUACCUGAAUGAUCAUAAGACUUCCAAAAAUCAGGCCAGAGUAACACUGAACUACAAAACUACCACAAAGUUCCAGCAACUGUCCAUGAGUCAUCUUGGAAGAGGCAAUGUGAAGCAUCCGUAUGUCUUUGAUAAAGGAUUAGCUACACAUGUAGUCACAGGUAUUCUUUAUGGGGCACAAGCCUUCUUUGUCUUUGACCGUGAGGUUUCUGGAACCGAAAAUCAUCAAGAUAUUCAGGGUAACUUGAAGGUGAUGAUCAAGAAGAUUCCCUGCCUUGCGAUAGAGGGUGAAGGUUCCCUGAAGAUGGAAGACAAGGACAGAGAAAACAUUGAUAAAUUCUCCUGCAAAUUCCAUGGAGACUUUUCUCUUGAAAAAAAUCCUGUGUCCUUUCAGGAUGCAGUAGAAGUCUACCAAAGUCUGCCAAGACUGUUGGGAACCAACGGAGAAAACGCCGUACCAAUGAAGGUCUGGCUGUUGCCACUGACAAGUUUAGAUUCCUCUGCUGCUAAACUCGUACGUCAGAUAAGUAUAAGAUUAGUUCAAGAAUCACAGAGUGUCUUGGAGGACUUCAGUGAGCUGGAAAUGAGGUGCAAUGAUGCCCUCAGAACCACCACUGUACAGCAGUUCCCACAGAUUGGCAAAAAGAUUAAGACUUUCAAAGAGAUGUGUUGUGAGUUCAGACUGGAACUCCAAAGAACCUUGGCAAAGAAACUUCCAUCAAUCCGAGGAGGAGGAGAGGAGGAGGCUGUGCUCGCAGAGAUCCUGAAGAAAAGACAUUCUUCUCCUUUCAGCAGCAAAAACCUGAACGAGUGGAUGGACUGUAAAGAGAGAGAAGUCUCCAUUUUAAAGUCUUUCACCAAAAAGAUGAAAAACACCAAGAUCGUUGCAUCUCGGAAUGAUCUUGAUGAAGAAAUUCUCAGUGCAGAGCAUGUGGUGUGUUUUGUCUUCACCUCACUGGGAAGUUCUGAAUUGUACCUCUCAACUUUAUCAAACUACUUAAGACAAACACCAGGCGACCCUCAGCAUGAACAUACUCAAGAUGUAGAGAGGGAACAAUGGUUCCUUUCCAACAAAGUAGCAGAUACAUUGAGGCAUAAAGCAAAGCUCUUUAGUGAUUUUGCAGAGGCCAACAAGGAGAACAAGAACAUUAAGUUCUUGACAGUGGGUUUAACAAACGAGGCACAGAAAGGUUCAAGCAUCUACCUUUAUAAAGACGUAGUUUCUGUCAACGAGAACUUUGAGCCACCUUCAAAGCCUGAAACAGGAACAGUAAGUGACAUAAACCACAACAGUGUGACGUUGAAGAUUUCUCCUCCCAGAUUUGGAGCAGAGAACAUCACCUCCUACUCUGUUGAGUACUGUGUCAGUGGAGAGGAUGGAUGGAAACAGAAGACAGCAUCAAAAGAUGAAGAAGUCACAGUGAGCGUUCUGAGUCCUGACACAGAGUACAUGUUCAGAUGCAGAGCAGUGACCUCAGCAGGUGUUGGGCCGGCCAAUGAAGUCUCUGGUUCCAUUAAAACCUUACCUUGCAGCCCUCCUGGAAAACCUCGAGUUGAACCAAACUCAAGUGAGAUAUCAGUCAGUUGGGAGAAACCUGCUGAGCUUGGACAAGAUGUCCACAUUCUGAGCUACAUCGUGGAGUACGCCAAAACAGACAACGGGGUGAAAGAGGAAGAUCUCCAAUGGAACCAAAUGAUGUCAACGGCUGAAAAGGCGAUCAUUUCAGGGCUUCAUUCAGAGCCAGAAUAUGUUGUCAGGGUCAGAUGUGAUUGUGGUGUAGCCGGCAGAAGCAAAGAAAGCAUCACUGUCAAUGUCUGCACAACAAAACGUGAAUUUGCACGUCUUGCAGAAUACCUGAAACAUAUUAGCAAGAGUAUAAAUUCUGAAUCUCACUCAGUUUACAAACUGCCUCUGACUGAAGAAGAUCUGGACAUAGAUGGAUGCCGGAGAUAUAACUUUGGCAAAGAAAGCAUGAGGCCAAAUCGCACAAUAAUGCUUCUUGGAGCGACCGGAUCAGGAAAGUCUACUCUGAUCAAUGGAAUGAUCAACUACAUUGUUGGUGUGGAGUGGAGGGACACUUUCAGAUUUAAAUUAGUUAAUGAGGAUCAGUCUAGAUCGCAAGCUGAAAGCCAGACCUCUGAAGUCACUGUGUACAAUAUCAACCACCAGGAUGGAUUUAAAAUCCCUUUCUCUCUGACCAUCGUGGACACACCAGGGUUUGGAGAUACAAGAGGAAUAAGGAGAGACCGGGAGAUCACGGAGCAAAUCCGGAAGCUUUUCACCUCCAUUAAUGGAGUCAGUGAGAUUGAUGCGGUGUGUUUUGUGACUCAGGCCUCUCUUGCACGACUAACCGCAACACAACGGUAUGUGUUUGAUUCGGUGCUCUCUAUCUUUGGCAAAGAUGUGGAAGAGAACAUUGAGAUGCUGGUGACUUUUGCAGACGGCAAGCAGCCGCCGGUUCUCGAGGCAAUCAACGUCUCUGGGGUUCCAUGUCCAAAAAACGACAUAGGGCUUCCAGUUCACUUCAAGUUCAACAACUCUGCAUUGUUUGCAGGCAAGAGAAGCAGCGGUGACGGGGCCUGUGAUGAGGAUUCUGAUGAGGGUGAUGACAACUUUGACGAAAUGUUUUGGAACAUGGGAGCCAAAAGCAUGGAGAGGUUCUUCACUGCUUUGGAUAAAAUGACAACCAAAAGCCUGCUAAUGACCCAAGAGGUUCUCAAAGAACGGAAGCACCUUGAAGCAGCCGUUGAAGGUUUGCAACCGCAAGUUAAAGCUGGAUUGGCAAAACUCGAGGAAAUCAGGUCAACUAAAGAAAAGAUUAAAGACCAUGAAACGGCCAUGACUUCAAAUGAAAACUUUGAGAUUGAGGUGGAUGUUGUUAAGCCAAUCCAAAAAAUGCUCACAAAGAAAGGAGAGUACAUCACAAACUGCCAGAAAUGUUCAAUAACAUGCCACUACCCAUGUGCGAUAGCUAAUGAUGAUGGAAAACGUGGCUGUGCAUCAAUGGAUCAGUCCGGGAUGUGCACCGUCUGCCCUGGAAAAUGCACCUGGAGUUUGCAUUCCAACCAGAAAUACAGAUGGGAGUACGUUCAAGUAAAAGAGAAGCAAACACUGCAAGAGCUGAAAGACAAGUACAAAAAAGCAACGAAAGAAAAGAUGACUGUUCAGGAAUUGAUUGAGAGGCAGGAGGAAGAGAUCGUUCACCUUCAAGACAUGAUGGUCUCCCUCAUGGAUCAGUCGGCUCACUCUAUAACUCGUCUGCAGGAGAUCGCCCUGAGGCCUAACCCGCUGACCACUCCGGAGUACAUCGACAUGCUGAUAGAAGGAGAGAAGUCAGAGGCCAAAGAGGGUUACCAGGCUCGAGUUCAGUCUCUGAUGGCCAUGAAGGACAAAGCCAAAAUCAUCUCCAAAGUAGCCAAACGAGAUAAACUUACAAAAACGGAAGAGGAGUUGUGUGAAGAACAGCAGGAGAGGAAAGAAAAGAAGGGUUUGUUCAAGAAAGUUACAAAUUUCUUUGGAUAUUAGGAAAUCAUGACAUGGUGUGCCGGUCUGCAGACAUGUUAGCAGCACCGUGAGGUUUUAAUGACAAAAUAAACCAGAACAGAAAUUGUCUGGAUGAAAAACUAGUCAAAAGUACAGAUGAGCCAUCCUUUUGCCAAUGUGUAUGUCGACAUGAUAACAAUUGUAAUGUGUAUAUUUUAGUUAUCAUGCAAUAAUUAGCAUGACAACACUUGAGUUUAACACUUGACCAGAUGAUGGCGCUAGAUAAAUAAAUUCCUUCUUCGGAUGAAAAGAGUGAAUUCAUUGAAUGCUCCAAAUUUCAUGGCAAAACGUAUGUUUUAUUGGCUAAGAACUAUAACGAAUGUUGUUUAAAUGUAGAAAAUCACUUCAUAUCCAACCCAUUUUUUUUGUAUUAAUGACCUGUUUGGUAUUAAGAAUAAACUUUUAGUAUUUAGUAUCGUUCUAAUUUUACGCUAAAGAUUUAUGAUUGAAGACAUGGUUUUAGUGUUGGGCAGUUACUGUAAUUGUUGUUUGUACUAUUUUAUUUUUUUAAUCAAUAAAUUGAAGGUUUGAUGUAGCUUUAGUUGGUUGAAGCUGACAACUGUGAUGUUCAGCCUGGUUAAAUGUUCUUUGAGGCGUCGGUGAGCGUUGUUGAGCUCCAGUGGUCGAUACAGUUGGAGAGGAACGGAGUUCUAAAACAAUCUGAGAAACAAAGAUUUGGUUAAUAUGAACCAAAUACCAAUAAAAAAAACACGUUUAUCACACAACUGAACUCAUGCAGUCCUGUGUUACCAACACUCCACUAAACUUAUGAAUAUAGAAUUAAUACAUUAAUAAGGAAUAUUACAGAUUUUAGCUUUAACAUUUUAACCCAUGAUACAUUUAGGGUUUUUGUUUUCGCAAAAGCUUUUUGUUGACAAUUGUACCUUAAAUACUAAAAAAAUACAUAAAUAAUCACAUUUAAAUUUUGGUCUGAAGACGUCAGUACCAGAUGUAGUAGUACAUUAGUUUCUACUGGAAACACUGCUUGACUGAUUUCAAUGUUAUUUGAUUGAGAUGUGA